AGAAGCGGCGCAGCAGAGAUGGCGGCUGCAGGUUCGACUCCGCUCGGCCUGGCCCGCUCCGUCCACUGGUUCCGCCGGGGGCUCCGGCUCCACGACAACCCGGCGCUGCAGGCCGCGCUGCGGGACGCCAGCUCCGUCCGAUGCAUCUACAUCCUGGACCCCUGGUUCGCCGCCUCCUCCGCCGUGGGCAUCAACCGCUGGCGGUUCCUACUCCAGUCCCUGGAAGACUUGGACAACAGUUUAAGAAAACUCGGCUCCUGCUUGUUUGUGGUACGAGGGCAGCCAACAGAUGUCUUCCCAAGACUUUUCAAAGAAUGGGGAGUGACCCGUCUCACCUUUGAGUAUGACUCCGAACCAUUUGGGAAGGAGAGAGAUGCAGCUAUUGUCAAACUGGCCAAGGAAGCUGGCGUGGAGGUGGUGAUAGAGAAUUCUCACACUCUCUAUGACCUGGAUAGAAUAAUCGAGCUGAAUGGCCACAAACCACCUCUCACGUACAAGCGUUUCCAGACCAUCAUUAGUCGCAUGGAGCAUCCCAAAAAGCCAGUGAGCAGCAUAACAAGCCAGCAGAUGGAGAAGUGCAAGUCUGAGAUCCAGGAGAAUCAUGAUGACACGUAUGGAGUCCCAUCUCUGGAGGAGCUGGGUUUCCCCACGGAUGGUCUUGCCCCAGCAGUUUGGAAAGGAGGGGAGACGGAGGCCUUGGCCCGGCUGGAUAAGCAUUUGGAAAGAAAGGCUUGGGUUGCAAACUAUGAAAGGCCAAGGAUGAACGCUAACUCGCUGCUGGCGAGCCCCACUGGGCUCAGUCCCUACCUGCGCUUCGGCUGCUUGUCCUGCCGCUUGUUCUACUACCGCCUCUGGGAGCUGUAUAAAAAGGUGAAGCGUAACAAUACACCACCACUCUCACUAUAUGGGCAGCUUCUCUGGCGGGAAUUUUUCUAUACGGCAGCCACCAACAAUCCCAAAUUUGACCGUAUGGAGGGGAACCCAAUCUGCAUCCAGAUCCCCUGGGACAGGAAUCCUGAAGCCUUGGCAAAAUGGGCAGAGGGCAAGACAGGCUUCCCUUGGAUUGAUGCUAUCAUGACCCAACUGAAACAAGAAGGCUGGAUCCACCACCUGGCCAGGCAUGCUGUGGCCUGCUUCCUGACCAGGGGUGACCUCUGGAUCAGCUGGGAGUCUGGAGUCAGGGUGUUUGAUGAGCUAUUGCUGGAUGCAGAUUUCAGCGUGAACGCCGGCAGCUGGAUGUGGCUUUCGUGCAGUGCUUUUUUCCAGCAGUUCUUCCACUGCUACUGCCCUGUGGGUUUUGGGCGCCGCACAGAUCCCAGUGGUGACUAUGUUAGGCGGUAUUUGCCCAAGUUAAAGGGCUUCCCCUCACGGUACAUCUAUGAGCCAUGGAAUGCCCCUGAGUCAGUGCAGAAGGCAGCCAAGUGCAUCAUUGGGGUGGACUAUCCCAAACCCAUGGUGAACCAUGCAGAGACCAGCCGGCUAAACAUUGAACGCAUGAAACAGAUCUACCAGCAGCUGUCACGCUACAGGGGCCUCUGUUUGUUGGCCUCCGUCCCUUCCUGUGUGGAAGAUCUCAGUAUUCCAGUCACAGACCCAAUGUCAGGCCAGGGCAGCAGCACCAGUACAGUGCAGAGGCUGUUGCAUUGUGGCCAGACCUCUCCAAAGCGUAAACAUGAGGGAGUGGAGGAGCUGUGCACUGAAGAGCUGUACAAACGAGCCAAAGUGACGGGUCUGCACAUUUCAGAGAUCCCCAGCAAGAACUUGUGAACCCAGAGAUGGGAGAAUCACAAGGGAAGAAGAGUUGGGGUGCUGAAGUGUUCGCCACAGCAGUGGAGGGGUGCUGCUUCCAGAGGGAUCAGAGCUUUUGACCAACAGCUGAAAAUGUGGAGUGUCUGUGUGAAUGUGUAAUUCUGGUGGCUGCCACACAGAGAUAUUGCAUCACUUGUGCUUGAGUACAUUUUGGCUCAUUGGCAUACAGAAGCCCUGGGACCUAAACCUGUCUCUUCUCAGCCAAACCUGGAAUCUGCCCAGAUUGGAAAGGGGAAGAGUUUUCCAUUCACUCCCAGGUGUAUCUUUCCUUCCCAUUUGUCUCAUGCACUGGUCCAUUUGCUGCCUAAUUACAGGGAGCAGCAUCUGCAGGUCAGAAGAAAUAUUCACUCUUCCUAUUAAAUGGCAGGCAGUGAAUUGUCUGUCGCCCCAAAACAGGCCAAUUCUCCUGUCUGCAUAACAGGGUGCUCCCCAAGGCAUCAAGGAGGCAUCUGUUUGAACAACUCCAGUCUCAAAGCAUGUUGAAAUGUGCACCUGUAUGAGACAGUCAGCAAAGUAUUGGGAUUGGGAAAAGGAUGAAGCUGUAGUAAUGGGACAUCAGUACAGCAGUGACCAUGACCACCCUCCCUGGACCAGGGGACCCUUUAAGAUUCAUUGAGCAAAUAACAUUCAUACUGGUGCCUGAUCGUGACCCUGGCCAGUCUCCAAAUGGGGCAGAUGCCUAGAAUAGGCAGUUGAACGCAGGCUUUUGCCUCUAGGGGUCAUCUUGAGAGGAAAUUUCAAGAGAAGGGUGACUCUUCUGAGAAUAAGCCUAUGACUUGAUCAUAGGUGAAGCUUUCUCCCAGAAAUUUGCUCUUCUGAGUAGCAGAGAAAGCUACACCUGGUGGGGAAAACCAUUCUGGCCAUACUGGGGUCUGGACUUUACCCUUCCUGCACUUUUUCCUUCCUUAAGAAGCCGCCCUUUCAAACAAAGAGUGAGCAAUGUCCAGU